AUACGCAGCAUUGACUUUCAGGCGUCAAUAUGACGUAAAGCCUGGGCUGUUCGAAUUUUUUGCAAGAUCGCGAGAAACCCGCGGUCACGAAUGAAACGAGGCGAUGUUAUUGUGCAGUCAUCGGUUGGGGCUGAUGGAUGGCCGCGUCGAAUUUCACGCGGAAAAAGGCGUUCGAGACGCGUCGCAGUAGAGAACUGUGAUGUGGGGAAAUGCAAAACCGAAAUCAUGGUGUGUAAUAAAUUGUCUCGUGUUCUGUCCAAUGUUUCCGGAUGGAAAGGCAGACUCGCACGCUCCGAGGGCUGUGCUGGCGGGAUGUCUAGUCGCACUGCAACGAUGACAGAGCAUCUGGGCCAACAGAAGAACACAGCCUCAAUCAAUGUGAACUCUUGCUUGUCUUGGCGGAACUUUGUACCUCCACGAGCGCCGAGCCUAGAACAACCAUAUCCACACCAACAGAUGAACCAACGCGCAAACGGCCGAGGGAACAAUUUUAAGGCAUCAUGCAGGUGUUCGCACAGAUUGACCGUGUCGGAUUGUCAGCCGCUGCUAACAAGCUCUUCGUCCAAGCCCGAGCCGACUCGGAGAUUUUUCGUCAUCACCUGGGCACCAAGUUAUUAGCUGCUUGAGACGAUGUCUGCCCAGGUGGCGCUAAUUGCGCCGCCCGUCAGCUUGGAUUAUAGCUGUCAUCGAAGGAAAAGAGCGCACCUUGUUG